CUUUGUUUAGACGGUUCAGUGGCAAACCUGAGUCCGUCUCACCUCCCCUCGCUCCCAACAUUCAGAUCCCAUCCCAAACUUCCCGAUCCACCUCCCCACCAGCCCACCGCCGACCCUUCCGUGGUGCAUCUUUCCUCGCUUCCCCUUCUUGUUCCUGCGACAUGUCUUCUCCCUCUCUCCUGGCCGCCUCCCGAGUAGCCGUCGACCGCCGAUACCGUCCCCUCCUUGUUCCUGCAGGUCGCCUCCGCAACCGCGCUAUCCAGCCCCUUUGUCUCCGGCACCUGUGCUCGACGGGCGCCCAUGCUCGACCCCAACCCCCAGAAGAAACCAGGUUUCCCCAUGAUGGCUGCGAUUUUAGUCCCUGGUGAUAUUGCUGCUGCUUCAGGAAAUGCUAUUCAGACGCUUUGGAGCAGCAUGGCCAUGGACAUGCUGAUGUGGCCUCUCGCACGGGCCCUGCCAUGGGCUUCCUUCUGCAGCUCCUCAACCAACACAACAGGGUCACCACUGAUUGCUCGGACUGGAGGAAGAAUUGCCGGAAGCCUGGAACGAAGCUUAGGUCUCAUUCAAGAGGGUGGAAACUCUCGUGACUGUCAGUUCUUCCUUCAUGUCUUUGGCAGGCUCAUGACAGGGUUCUUACCAGCUAGUGCCGCUGUUGGUAAAUGUUGGACAUAGAGGCAGGACUACAAAAGGCAAAGAUCAAGAACGAGGAUCCAGGGCAUUCACGAGUUGGCAAGGUGAUCGCCGCCUGAUCAGGAAGUGGUGCGGACGGCAGAAAUUAUUUUGAAGAGAAGAUCUCCGGUAUUCCAUUCCACACAAUAAAAUGCUUGACAAUCCUUCUCGCAAAAGGUGAAGGCGCAAAGCAGGCAGUUCAGUUCUAGCUGCUUAGGGAGGCAAAAAAAAAAAAAAAACCUAGACAUCACACUCAUUGCAUAUACCAUCAAACAUGAACGACCAUUGGAACUUUGGAAGGCAGCGAUGCUUUAAAAAAAAAUAAUGAACAACUAAAAUGAGCUAUGAAUGAAAAAUUGACGAAAAAAGAGGCGUGAAAAAAUUAAAUGGUAACAACAGAAAACGGGCGUGGCAAAGCGAGCCAGGUCCUUCUAGUAAGAAUGCAUUCGUUGCUUGCCAUGUUCUUUAAUUGUAGUAGUGGUGACUGGUGAGCCAUCGAGUACCAAUUUUUAGCCUAAGCAUUCUAGGGCAAACAGAUUGGGUAGAAUAUGAGAAUGUUGAAGACGAGCUGGUUAGCACAACAUUUUGGAAAAAUCCAGGCACCAAAAUAG